AUGAUUGCUGUCAAACUUUUCAUAGUUGUUAUUUUAAUGGUUAUAUCCGUCGAAGAAAUUUAUGGUCAUGGUAUGUUAAUGGAACCCGUUAAUAGAAGCAGUGCUUGGAGAAAAGGAUUUAAAGUUCCAAAGAAUUACGACGACGAUGGAAAUUUCUGUGGUGGUUUGAACGUACAAAUAAAGAACGGUGGUAAAUGCGGAAUUUGUGGGGAUGAUUAUGCUCUUUCACGACCCAGACCUAACGAGAAUACUGGAAUUUAUGGCACUGGUACGAUCGUCAAAAAUUUGAAUGAUAGAUAUCAAAAGUGUCAAAAAAUUAAGGCCGUAGUUCGUAUUACUGCUAAUCAUUGGGGUUACUUCAAAUUUCAAAUAUGUCAACUCUCGAAAUCAAAAGAAUUGGAAACCGAAGAGUGUUUUGAACGAUACCCCUUAAAAUUAGAGGAUGGAUCUGACAGAUACGUGCUUAAAAGUCAUGAUGCUAAAGAUUAUACCAUGACCCUGAUUUUGCCUAAAAAUCUUACGUGCGAACACUGUGUUUUGAGAUGGGAAUACGUUGCUGCCAACAACUGGGGUGUUUGCGAAGACGGUUCUGAAAAAAUGGGAUGCGGUCCUCAAGAAACUUUUAAAACUUGUUCUGACAUUACCAUCUCAUAA